GUGGCGCCACUUCCCCGAGAUGUUCUGUAAAUGAUGAUAAAAUGGAGCCGUCUACAAAUUUAUCCAAACGAUACCGCGCAAUGUUUAGCGACAGGUAGCUAUAUUGUUUACUAUUAUUUAAUCCUGCACUGACGCGAUUAAGAAUUAUUGAUAAAUUGGAAAUAAUUCUAUAAGUCAGAAACAUUUCAUUUCAUCAUGGCUGAUGAGUCUGAGCAAGUUCCGGCGAUAAAUGUUAAAGAACCCUUGGAUCUUUUAAGAUUAAGUCUUGAUGAACGUAUAUAUGUUAAAAUGAGAAACGAAAGAGAACUCAGGGGGAGGUUACAUGCUUAUGAUCAACAUUUAAAUAUGGUAUUGGGAGAAGCCGAAGAAACAGUAACGACAGUAGAAAUUGACGAAGAAACAUACGAAGAAGUUUAUCGUACUACAAAAAGGAAUAUAUCAAUGUUAUUCGUCCGUGGUGAUGGUGUAAUAUUGGUUUCUCCACCCAGCAUGAGAGCUCCAAUAUAAACUUCCAAUUUCUAAAUAAUGUUUGUAAAUAUUACAAACAUAUAACAUAGGUUUAAUCUUAAUGUUACUGUAAUAUUAUGACUUUUGUAUCAGCAUUGAGAAAACUUGUGAUAUAAGAUUCAACAAAAUAAUAGAAAAAAUCCUGUUGAUAAGUUUUGUGAAAAGGAUAUAAAUAUAAAGAAACGAUUUAAAUUUUAGAUUAUACUUAAACGAACAUACUAGCAAAAAUUGAGAACAAUAGAUAUUUUUGAAGUAAAAUUGUUGAAACAUCUUUACUGUAUUACUUUAAGAAGUACUAACUUAAUGAUUAGCAUAUGAUUUCAAAAGUGUACUAUUAAUAACAGUCUCUAUCAGGUCUUGAUGUUAUAGAAUGUUCUAUAGGUUUUGGUAUUUGUACAGAAAGAUCUGCAAUUCUUUGAUCUUUAAACUUCAUUAAGGAUUCAAGAUGAGUUAUUUUUUGUUGAAGAGUGUUGAUAACAUCAUUCUUCUCCUCUAAUUCUUUUUUCAGUCGAACAAAUACAUGUCGUGGUACAGUUUUAUUCGCUACUUCCUCGUCAUCAAGUACAGACUUAACAAUCUCUUUUCGAAAAGUAACGUGAUUUAAGUCAAACGAUGUUCUACACCAUAAGCAUUUUAUAAUACUUUACUUACCUCCUUUUUCAGUAUCCUCAAAUUCAGAGUAUAAAUCAGCUCUAUCUGCGUUACAAUCUCUUAAUAUUUUUUCUCGUAAAGCACUCAAAACUUGUUCGAUAAUGCCCGGUUGUGAAUUAGCUAAUUGGUUAAUCACAUCUUUCUUCAGCUUUAUAUUAAGUUUGGACAAAACCUUACGAUUCAGAGUACACCAAUUUUCCACCUUUUUCGCAAUGCUAUUUCCAGGUAUAUAAUUGUGUAUGUCAACGUGUCUAGGAUAAUAUUUUUUUAACAAUUCCGCCAUAAAAACUAAAAUUUAUUACGUAAUGUUUAAAUAUAUUUAGAAAAUAAUAUUGUCAAGUCAGAAAUAUAUUUUCUUAUACCACCGUCAGAGAAAUCUCGAGAAAGAUUUUUCUUUGGUUUUGAAAAUGUCAUUUGCUCGAUCCAAACAUAAAUUUCCUCAAGAUUAUCAUUAACUGUCGACGUCACACUCAUGUUUCGAUUUUAUUACUAACGAGAAAAUUAAGACAAUGACUUCUUUAUACAAAGAAAUUUACGAAUGACAUUAUGUUUUUAUAAAUUCACAUUCUGUCAAUCUACGUAUUGCCAAACCUGAUUAGAAAAAUAUACAAAUGCUGCAGUCUCUUCUACUGCAUGUGAACGUAACUUCAUGUUACUCCCGUAUUUUGGAUUAUCUGUUUCCAGGUAUCACUUGCAUCUUGCAUCAAACAGUAUAACGGUAAAUAUAGUGACACUAAAUUUCCAUGUAUUGCAUCGUGUAUAAUUGUUUUUUGAAUGAAAACGUUAAUAAAAAAGAAUUUUAUUAAAAAUACAUACAAUUCAUAGAAUCGUAAAAAAGGAAAAGUAAUAAUAAAUAAAAAGAAG